AUGUUCUCAGGGGAUGCUGUAGAUAAGCCCAUUAUUAAAGAUGAGGUAAAAGUGGAAGAAGAUGCACCUGAAAUUAUUGGAGGCAGUCAUGAAAUGGUUGAAGCACGUACAAUACAAGAUUUUUGUAAGGUCGAGGUGUACGAACGGUACAGUGCACCUUCUCCCAAGGAAGCUACCCCUAAGCUUGAAGAUCUAGUUCUGCACAAGUGCUUUCAAUGUGGCUUCACGACAAAAUGGAGGAAAAACUUAAAUUCCCAUCUCAGAAUGCACGACACUUUAGAAAUUUUUAAUUGUGAACGGUGCGAUUUCACUACGAAAUACAAACGAAAUUUCACCCGCCAUCUGCAGGGACACAGCGGAUUGGAGGAGUUCAAGUGUGAACAGUGCGAUUUCGCCACGAAGCACAAGAGAAAUUUCACCAGACACGUCCAGGCGCAUCACGGUUUGACACGAUUCACAUGUAACCGGUGCGAUUUCGCCACGAAGCACAAACGGAACUUAAUCAGGCACACCGAAACGCAUCACGGCCUGAAAAAGUUCAACUGCCGCAAGUGUGCGUUCUCGACGACCUGCGAGAUAAACUUCACCAAACACGUGACAGUCCAUUGCUCGUCAAAGAAAUUUCAAUGCGAUCAGUGCAAUUUCUCGACGAAGUACGAAAGAAACUUAACACGACACGUGCAAACCCACCAACAGUUGGAGGUUUUCAAUUGUAACUUUUGCGAGUUCGUCACGAAGUUAAAGACUUAUCUUUUGCGUCACGUGCGGAGGCAGCACAUGGGAACUAAGCGUCAGAUGUCUAGGGAGUUUCGUUGCGAACAAUGUAGCUUCGCUACGAGGUGGAAGACGAACUUGAUUUCCCAUUGGAGACAGCUGCACGUUUUAGAAAGUGCGAGUCGCGGGGAAAAUGAAGGGUUACCUUAG